CGAAAACGUGUCCUGAAUAUAAACAAACAAAAGCACACGGAUGUUUCGAUGAAAAAAUUUGCGCCAAACAAAGGACUUGCAGUGGAGAUCUGUGGGAAUGUGAACACAAAGUUUCAUCGACGAUGUACAUUUGCGCUUCGGUUAUUCAUUAGUUACGAUACAGUAUUUACUGCAUUAUAAAAUUUUAUUCUUGAUUAUUUACACAGUACAGUUCAAUUCUCAAUAAAAGUAUAAUUUAUUGCAACUACUUUUCUAAGCUUGAGUAAAAAUCAUUUUUGGUAUUCAAAAGAAUGAGGCUAUAAAUAAACCUUUCAAAAGAACAAGAUACGAAUGGCAGAUAUGCCAUCAGGAAUUCACAUUAGCUUGCAUAUUCUUCUCACAGUUUCUACUAAAGAAUAAGUUGUUAGAGGAGUUCACUCUUAAUAAAUUAAUUUGCUAGCUUUCGUCAAUUUAAAUAGAAAAUUCAGUAAAAUCAGUAAGAUGGAGAAACUAGUGUUUAGUUGGAUCGAUUAUUUAUUAUUUGGUAGUUUACUUGGAUUAAGUCUUUUGAUUGGAAUAUACUUUGGAUUUUUUAGUAAACAAGAUAGUGUAAAUGAAUAUUUGUUCGGUGGUAAAACGAUGGGGUACAUCCCUGUUGCUACAAGUAUAUUAGCGAGUUUGUUGUCAGGUAUAACAUUUUUAGGAGUCCCUACUGAAGUCUACUUUCACGGAUGUCAAUAUUUUUUGACUGUUAUUAACACCAUCUGCACUGGAUUAAUCACUGCCUAUGUUUUCAUGCCCGUGUUCUACAAGCUGCAAAUAGCUAGCAUUUAUGAAUAUUUGGAACUGCGAUUUUCAAGGCGGAUUCGAAGUUUUGCAUCUAGUUUGUACAUACUAUCUCUGCUGGUAUACGUUCCGAUUGUUAUUUAUGUGCCAGCUCUUGCCUUUUCUCAAGUUACUGGAUUCAGCGUUCACUUGAUAUCUCCCGUACUCAGCAUUAUUUGUAUUACUUACACAUCAAUGGGUGGAGUCAAAGCUGUUGUUUGGACUGAUACUAUACAGUUUAUGUUUACCAUGGGAGGGUUGGUUACGGUUCUUGUUAUUGGAGUCAGAUCAGUUGGUGGAUUCUUAAAUGUCUGGAAAAUUUCCAACGAAGGAGGGAGGCUUGAUAUUUUUGACUUUAAUCCAAGUCCGUUUGUUCGGAAUACGUUUUGGGGGAUGGCAUUCGGAACUCUGUUUACGUCCUUAAGUCACUUUGCAGUUGGUCAAAAAUUUAUCCAAAGAUUUUUAGCCAUUGAGGCGCAAGCCGAUAUAAACAAAGCUAUACUACUCAAGACAGUGGGUACCGUUAUUAUUGAUGUUGGUGUGGUUUUCACUGGACUUCUUAUGUACGCUAAGUAUCACGAUUGCGAUCCAGCAAGUGCAAAACUGGUGCAACGGAGUGACCAAGUAGUUCCCUACUAUGUUAUGGACAUCACAAAAAAUAUACCAGGAAUAUCUGGCUUGUUUCUCGCGGGGAUAGUGAGUUCCGCCUUAUCCACUAUGAGUGCAAGUAUUAACACUUUGUCUGGACUCAUUUACGACGACUUCAUUGACCAAUGGAUGUCUGAAAGUUCAAACAAAGAUGCCAAAGCUGCUAAUAUCAUGAAGGUGAUUUCCGUGAUUAUCGGAUGUAUUAGCGUAGCUAUGAUUUUCGUUAUCGAACACUUGGGGACAGUAUUAGAGAUGUCUUACAGCAUCCGUGGUGCAGUAGAUGGACCACUUUUAGGUAUUUUUAUUCUCGGUAUGUGCGUUCCAUGCGUGGGAAAGAAAGGAGCAUUAACUGGAGCCUGCACAGCGUUGUUGUUUAUGUCAUGGAUCGUAAUAGGAUCUAAAUGGCACAUUUUGAAUAAGAGAAUACGCUAUUCGACUCUGUCCAUGACGGUUGAAAAUUGCCCCUACCCUUUAAAUGAAAGUCUUACCGAAACUACGACGCUGCCACCUAUUAAUCCAGAGGAUGAACCCAUGAUACUUUUUCAAACCACGUUUUUAUUCUUCGUCUUUUUUGGAUCGAUGAUAACUGUGGUCGUAGGAGUCGCGACGAGCUUUCUAUUAGGAGAGUCCGACGUUUCGAAAGUCAAUCCCGAACAUAUUACUCCGGCAAUUCGAAGAUUUUUACCUACGAAAAAGUAUCUCGAAGUCAAUUUGGACGUUCUACAUCAGCAGGAACACUUACUUGCAGAAAAAGAUAAGGAAAUCGAUUCUGAUAAAAAAAUUGCAAAAGAUUGAUUAAUCCUUGUCUUAUUUUAUUAAUAUGAAACUGUGAUUAUUUGUACAAUAAAAGAAACUAUAUGAGUAUAUUAAAAUUCAAAUGUC